AUCGGGGUCAGCUCGCAGCAUUAUUCAGUCUGGCUCAAAGCGUGCAACUGGAACGAAUAUUUUUUUCAUCGCAAAACUUGCUUAAAAAAAAUAGAAAUUUGCAUUGAAAAUGGCCCAGCAGGGUCAGAGUGGAAGAUCCCCAAGUGGUCCGCCCGGACCUCCUCCACCCCGUCCACCAAAAACGCCGCCGGGCGCAUCGCCACGUGGAACGCCAACAGCAGACUCGACUCCGGGCGAUGUGACUCCGGCUCGAGGACCUCCGCCACCGCCAGCGACCAAACGCGUUUCAAUAGGAGUGGGUUCCACGCGUUCUGCCCCACCACCAGCAACUGAUCCAACCGGUCCGCCUCCAACUGCCGGAAAACCAGUGAGAGACACCGGUCCAUCGACAUCGCCUAGGCCAAGUCUUCGGGAUCCUGGCCAAUCGACUUCUGAUAAGCCAUCGACUUCUGAUAAGCCAUCGACUUCUGAUAAGCCAUCGACAUCUGCACGGACAACUGUUCGGGAGCCGGGUCCAUCCUCAUCUCCCUCUCGUCCCGUUAGCACUCGUGAAUCUGGGCGUAUAACUUUCCAGGAAGCAGCACCAUCGACGUCUGCAAAAGUGGUCAAGCUAGCUGCAUCUGAACCUCGACCCGCAAAGCCACCAGAAAAGGAGGGAUUUAGCUUGUUUAAAAGGAAGAAGAAAUCCGUGGGCUCAAGUACGCCACCUUCACCAUCACGUGGGCAUAGGGCUCCUUCGAUAAUCGCGGCUUCAGCCCUGCAAAAUAGGGCCAAAACCAAUCGCAUCCUUUACACAACCGAUGAGGAGGUACGCGAAGCCCUCGUCGAGUUCUCUGUGUUCAUCAUUUUUCUGAUUCUAACAUCACUGGUUGUUUUGUCCGUUCGGCAUACAUAUAUGUUUUAUUUCAAUGACACGAUGAAGAAACUAUUUACGAAUCGGGAAAUGGUAGUGGCUCCUUCGGUCACUGUUGGCUUUGAAAAGCUAAUCACUGUGCCGGAUUGGUGGGACUAUCUAAAAUAUAACUUUCUUGUAACACUCCACGGCGAUUUGACUUUUAUGGACGACGCCCAAGCGAAUCUCACGUCAAUGCCACCUGAGGGUAGUGAGCAGGGUAGUGAGCAGGGUAGUGAGCAGGGUAGUGAGCAAUCACCUGAAGAAGUCGUGGGCGAAGCCCCUGAAGAGGCCCCAGAAAUGGACAGAUUGCAAGAGGAUUUUAAAUAUAAUGGAAAUCCAUACAUUGACCUCAGGGGGCACAGGAGAGCUAAGCGACAGAGUGGUGUGGAUGGGAACAGCGAGGACGGUAGCGAAGAUGUAUCUGGCAAUUAUCUAAAAGAUGAUUCGGAUAGCAUUCAGGCCAAUAUGAGCUUUCAUCAUCUGGAGGGCCGCGUCUUUCUCUAUGAAAACCUUCUCUUGGGACCGCCACGUCUCCGGCAGAUACGUGUGCGCAAGGAAAGCUGCUACGUAAACGACGCCUUCAUCCGUUACUUUAACACCUGCUAUGCUGCAUAUUCCUCUGGAGCGGAGGACCGAAAGCCGAUGCACAAGGGUUCACCAUUCCGGACGAUGCACGAUCUGGACUCCACGCCCAUCUGGACGGUGCUGGCCUUCUACCGCACCGGAGGAUACACAGUGAACUUGGACUACGACAAAGAUAGGAACGUAAAGAUCAUUAACGAUCUGAAGGAUAUUCACUGGCUGGAUCGGGGCUCGCGUCUGUGUUUGGUUGAGUUUAAUUUGUUUAACGAGAAUACGGACAUCUUUCAGAGCAUUAAAUUAAUAGCGGAAAUUCCGCCCACGGGCGGUGUUAUACCGCAAGCCCAUCUGCAAACGGUCAAGAUGUAUUCCUUUUUUACGGAUCGCAGUAUGCUCAUGACAGUUAUCUACAUUUUCUGGUAUAUAAUGGUUAUCUACUACACCAUCUAUGAAAUCACGGAAAUUCGCAAAUCUGGAAUUAAAAUUUACUUCUGUUCGAUGCUGAACAUUCUCGACUGCGCUAUAUUACUGGGUUGUUACCUCGCUUUAGUGUACAACAUUUGGCACAGUUUUAAAGUGAUGUCCCUCACUGCCAGAGCCCAUUCAGAUGUGACGUACCAAAGUCUGGAUGUUCUAUGUUUCUGGAAUAUUAUUUAUGUCGAUAUGAUGGCCAUUCUGGCCUUUCUUGUGUGGAUUAAAAUAUUUAAAUUCAUCAGCUUCAACAAGACCCUGGUGCAGUUCACAACCACACUGAAAAGGUGCUCGAAAGACUUGGCUGGCUUUAGUUUAAUGUUUGGUAUUGUCUUUCUGGCCUAUGCCCAAUUGGGACUACUUUUAUUUGGCACCAAGCACCCAGACUUCCGUAACUUCAUCACCUCGAUUUUGACCAUGAUUCGGAUGAUUCUUGGCGACUUUCAGUACAACCUCAUUGAGCAAGCGAAUCGAGUGCUGGGUCCCAUUUAUUUCCUCACCUACAUCCUUCUUGUGUUCUUCAUUCUUUUGAACAUGUUCCUGGCCAUUAUCAUGGAAACCUACAAUACGGUGAAGGGUGAGAUCACCCAAGGACGCAGUCACUUAGGAUCGUACAUCUACAGGAAACUGUCGGGCAUGCUCUACUGGAUCACCCAUUGUGGGCGAAAAAGACGCCACCACCCUCAAGCGUCUGAAACCGAGGACAAGGAUGCGGAACAUGAUGUUGGCGCCGCGCACGAUGAAACUCACGAAAUUCGAAAGAACAUGACACCAGCAGAGCAACAGUACUUUAAGGAUAUUCCACAAGGAGAAAACCAGGAUAUGGUUCGUCUCAAUAACCGUGUGGGCCUCCUUGAGGAAAUUCUGGAAAAGUUGAUCAACAAUAUGGAUGAUAUUCUGAAACGCGUCGAGAAAGAUUACCAUAACAAGAAAAAAUAGGAAUACCAAAUUUUUCUACAUACAUACAUUACUUACCUUUUAUAAUGAUGCACACACAUUUCACCUGGCAAACAAUCAAAUAAGCGAAAAUUAAUUAACUUCAGCUCCAGCAACCGAGAACUAAAGCAAAACCGACAAAGCCACAAGAACCGAGCGCUAAUCUCUGGCAAAUCCGUGACUGCUGUGUACCCUUAACCCAUUGUUGCCCACGUUCCAACAACUUUGCACCCCCGUUCAUUUCAACAUUUGCCAACAAGGGCGUGAUGAAAUUAAAACAAACGAGGAGGCGUCGAGCAGUGUUUUUCGAUGAAACCGAUCUUCACAACAAAAAUGCAAAUAGUACUAAAUAGAAACAGAACCAAUAUAAAAUAUUUAAAUAUAAAAUGU